AUGACACUGUCAGCCGUUGAGCAUUGGUUGACUAUCCAUAUUCGCUCAUAUUUGCAUCCCAAAUUCCAUAUUACGACGCUUCGCAAGGCCGCGUUUGUUAUCGCCUUGGUAUCUUGUAUAGCGUCAGGGCUUGUCACGAUCAUCUCACUGUUUACAAAGCCAUGGCGCAAUCAUAUGCAUUACACUGCUCUGGAGAUCAAUCUUAUCUCCAGUGCAGUAAACCUAGGUGGGUACCUCACUCCUCCCUUGCUGGGUAUCCUAUCGGACUCUCAUGGCCCUGUGGUUUUGAGUUGGUUAGCGGUCGCAGGAUUUGUACCAAGCUACGCCUACAGCUCUUACAUUUUUGUGCAUGGAGAAGUGUACUUUUCUAUUACGCUUUUCGCUUUCUUCAUCAUAGGUGUCUCCACCAGUGCUCUGUUCUUCAGCGCACUACUCACAUGCGCUAAACUGUAUCCCAAGUACAAGUUUCUCUCCAUCAGCUGUCCGACUACCUUCUACGGCCUUUCGUCAUUACUUGGCUCUGAAGUGUUGAAACACUCAUGGUUCUCGGAAGGGUAUGACUACCUGAACUUAGGGCGUGUCUUCAAAUCUUUUGCGUAUUUCUAUGCAAUAAUGGGAACCAUGACCUGGGUUUCUACUAGCAUAGUCACUAUGUUGAAAGAACCAGUUGAGCAAGAAGAACACGAGCGUUUGCUGCCAACAGAAUCGAAUAUUACUACCAGCGAUUACAAAGAUCGAAUCAGACAAUUUGUGCGGGAUCCAAGCAUGUACCUAACACUUUUGACAUUCUUUCUAACCAUCGGUAGCUUGGAGAUGUUCCUAACGAAUAUGGGCUCAGUUGCUAUUCUCGUAUCGCCACAAGACCGAGAUAUUCAGCCUCGCGUCUUAUCGUACUAUGCUCUGUUUUCGACGAUAUCUCGGCUCAUUGUUGGCCUUGUGGCCGAUUUUUUCGCGCAGCACAAAAUAUCUCGCAUGUGGAUUCUCUACGGAUGUCUCAUAAUCGGCCUUGGUGGUCAACUAAUGAUAUUCAACACUGGCACUAGUAAAUCCUGGAUCACAACGGCUAGUGCGCUCUGUGGAACUGCAUACGGUGGACUAUUUACUAUUUUUCCAACUUUGACACUUGGUAUCUGGGGUUACAGUGUCUUCGGGACGGCCUAUGGUUGUUUCAUGGUUGCACCAGCCAUUGGAUCGACAAUAUAUGGCGUUAUUUAUGCGCGGACCUAUGAUUCCCAAUGCACCAGCCAGGUUGAAGGUGCGCAAUGCAUAAGACCAGUUUUUUCGCUCACCGCGAUAUCGUUUCUAAUAGCCCUGACAAUAAGUGUUUUCACUUACAUGGGAUUCUGGAGACGGAAGCGUUUGGACAUAUAA